AUACCUGUGUCCACUGAAGCGGUUUGUGUAGAGGAGCAUGUUGUGACAGCCAUGUCUCUGGAGAUGGAGAAGACCAUCACCAAGCUGAUGUACGACUUCCAGAGGAACUCUACCUCUGAUGAUGACUCUGGAUGUGCACUGGAGGAAUAUGUCUGGGUUCCCCCUGGCCUCAGUCCUGAGCAGGUGCAUCAGUAUUAUAACUCCUUACCAGAAGAGAAGGUCCCCUAUAUAAACAGCCCUGGAGAGAAAUAUCGCAUCAAACAACUGCUUCACCAGUUACCACCACAUGACAAUGAGGUGCGUUAUUGUAAUGCGUUGGAUGACGAGGAGAAACGAGAGCUUAAGCUCUUCAGCAAUCAACGGAAGAAGGACAACUUAGGCAGAGGCAAUGUCCGUCCUUUCCCCCUCACCAUCAAUGGGGCCAUUUGUGACAAGUGCGGAGGUCAAAUAAACGGUGGGGACAUCGUGGUUUUUGCUGCGAGGGCGGGUCAUGGAAAAUGCUGGCACCCUCAUUGCUUUGUCUGCAGCAUGUGUGAGGAAUUGUUGGUGGAUCUCAUCUACUUCUACCAGGAUGGCAAGAUCUACUGUGGCCGGCACCAUGCCGAGAGGCUGAAACCCCGCUGCUGUGCCUGUGAUGAGAUAAUCUUUGCCGAUGAAUGCACUGAGGCAGAGGGCAGGCAUUGGCACAUGAAGCACUUCUGUUGCUAUGAGUGCGAGACCACGCUCGGCGGCCAGCGCUACAUCAUGAAGGAUGGACGGCCACACUGCUGCAACUGCUUCGAGUCCCUUUAUGCAGAGUACUGUGACGCAUGUGGAGAACACAUAGGCAUUGACCAAGGCCAGAUGACAUAUGAUGGGCAGCACUGGCACGCAACAGAGGAAUGUUUUUGCUGUGCUCGUUGCAAGCGCUCUCUGCUGGGCCGCCCCUUCCUGCCAAAGCAGGGGCAGAUCUUCUGUUCACGGUCCUGCAGUGCUGGACAGGAUCCAGAUGAGUCUGACUCCUCAGACUCUGCUUUCCAAAGCGCCCGCUCCCGUGAGUCCCGCCACAGCACCAAGAUAGGGAAAAAGGAGCGCAGGAAUGCUGAGCAAGAGCGACGGAGUGCUGAGGCCCGUCAGUCAGCUCCUCCACCCAUGCCUGACCGUCUGUCUGCAGAAAGUGAUCCGCUUUCUGUACAGAUGGACCGUUUAAGCCUCUCAUCAAGCCAGACCCCGAGCAGGACACCUAACCGCACACCCAGCCGAACUCCGAGCCGUGCCCCGAGCCUUAACCAGGUGUGGAUGAGCCGGGAUGACCCCUACGUCCCUGCUGUUUACGAGGGCCCUCAGCGGGAACCCUCCCCCAGUCCAACACCUAUACACCUGCUGGGUCAGUGUAACCUCAGGCAGGGUUACAAUCCAAACGCAAAUGCUCAUCCUCCAGCUCAGACUCCUGCCAACCCAGGGAAGAGGCCUGAUUCCUGGGGUAAGGAACAAGGAAACACCAAGAGGACCCCUAUGGCUGCUCUGAGGGGUCACUCCUUUAAUGAAAACUGGACCCACCACAACCAGGAGGAGUUCAGGCCCAACAAGCUACGCACCCAGAUGAGCUUCAAUGAGAUGUCUAGCCAGAACCAGGGGUUCUCUGACAAGAGGAGCAUCAGCCUGCAUGGAUUCCAGAGGGACGGCAGACCCCCACUAACCAGGAGGAACCCCAUCAAUGCAAUGAGCUUCAAUGAGCCCCUCACUCCUCUAGAACAGACUCCUCGUGGAUCCAUGGAUUCUCUGACUAUGUCCAAUGCUACAGGUAACUCUCUGGACGGGGUCAGUAAGCGGCAGGAGCAUUUGUCUAGGUUUUCCAUGCCCGACCUGAGUAAAGACUCAGGUGUAAAUGUGUCUGAGAAGAGCAACAUGGGCACCCUCAGUUCCUCAGUCCAGUUCCAUAGCACAGAGUCGCUGUCCUCCUCUCGCCCCUACAACAAUAACAUGUACGCUCCACUCAGAGUCGGCUACCCGCUGCAGUACUGGGAUGGCCCGCAGCCGCUGGGCUUUGACGGCAAAGGUCGUGUUGGGGUGAUGGGCAGCAGUGGAAACCUGCGGAUGCCUCCCAUGAGCGACAGAAUGCCACGCCGACGCAUCAGCGGGCAGGAACCUGUGUCGCAGCAACAGCAGCCACAACCAAGACGCCGCAAACACCACCGUGGAAACCACGGUAAUGGGCAACACCGCAGUGGCCGCCACCACAAACGCUCUCGCCGCUCCCGCUCUGAUAAUGCCCUGCACCUGGUGGCGGACCGGCCCACUCAAAUGGUAGAGCUGCCUUACCGUCGUGUUCAGGAGGAUUAUGAUCGCUUCCCCCCUGGUAAUGCUGCUCGGGAGUUGUUUGGUCUGGAACCAGGUGGGUACAGACAGCAGCCCCACCGGCCCUGCCCCCGCACCACAUCCGAUCUCACCCUGCAGAAUGCUGGCUGGCAACCUGUGGGGCUGGGUGGGCCAUGCUGGGGCGAUGGGUACACGGAGGCUGCUGACCCCUGGUGCUCCAGCUGCUCCUCUUCCUCCGAGUCUGAGGGAGAUGAGGGUUACUUCCUGGGUGAACCAAUCCCUCGGCCUGUGCAGCUUUGCUACAUCAACAACGAGGAGCUGCGCCAUCGCUACAGCCCCUCUGGGAUACCUGGCCAUCACGUACCUCUGCAUGGACCGAUUCAUGGCCAGUUGCACAACCGUCAGAGGAGGAAGAGCAAAAACUGCAUAAUUUCCUAGAUUUAGAGCAAAGAGAUGGUGAGGAUGAACAGGAGAGUCAAAGAGAUAAGAGAGAGAGGUAAGGAGAUGGUUAAAGCAACAGAGAGGUGGAACAGAGGGAGUGGGAAGGUGAGAGUGAGACAGUUGACAGUGAGAGUGAAUAGAGAGAGAGUGUGUGUGUGUGUGUGUGUGUGUGAGAGAGACUGUGUGUUGGGGUUGAAGAGCGAAACGGCCUAUUUUUUGUGCUUGUGAGCUUACACAACUCUACACCGGGUAGUGUUUGUGUACACCUACACAGAAUGAUCUAAUCAUAAGAGGAAGCUCAGCUGGCUUACACAACAGAAAUGUUUACAAUGAUAGAGAUCAACUCCUAUGAUGGUACCAGGAAGCACGGAUGAAUUUGACUACUAAAUAUACUGUGGUCAAGGUAAAUAACAUGAUGUAUGUGUGUGUCUGUGCGUGUAUCCAUGUUACGGAGAGAUCGAACAAUUCCUUUACAGUUUGGAAAGGGAAGAAAAACUGGUCAAACUGCAGUGAUUUGACUGUUGAUGUCGCAGCUCAGUGAUCCAAGCCCUGGGCAGUAAAACUUAUUCUAUGUGGACAAACCCGAAAUUGUGUUGGGAUAGUGAAAGUUACGUGCUAGAUUCCAAGCUAUGUCAUUGUUUACCUCAGUGGAAUCCAAAUGCUGCUGGAAUAUAGUGUUGGCUCGCUAGCCCUGUUAUCACCUUGUACAAAUAGUCUGUUGAACUUUGUGCUCUACAUAGCCAGCUCUCCAUGCUUUAACAAGGACAGAGAGCCAGACAGCCUCUGCUCCUUGACCAUUCAGGCACAGUAACGUCAGGUAUGGUCCCGUUUUAUCUUCUGCAACAUGCUUUGUUUUUUGAGAGUUACCUAUAGAUGAUUAACAAUAAUACUACUAAUAAUAAUGCCAACAAUACUAAUAA